AUGCAGAGAAACUCCAAAGAUUUCUGUCUAUUACCUCCUGAUGUGGGCCAGGGAACAAGCUUCAACUUUGCUAUGUAUUAUGAUGUUAACAAAGAUCAGUGCACUCCUUUCCUAUACAACGGUGAAGGAGGAAAUGCUAACCGUUUUGAAAAUGAAAGAGAGUGCAUGAGAAACUGUUCACCCAAUGCAGAGAAUAUCUACCCUAUGGAUGCAUCUAAAGGUUGCACCUUAGAAAAGGCUGAAGGUGAAUGUAAUGGCAAAUAUUUGAGAUACUACUAUGAUUCCAUUGAUAAAAAAUGCAAAAGAUUCCUUUGGACAGGAUGCCUCGGAAAUGGAAACAGAUUUUUUGACUACAACAGCUGCAAUUCCACCUGUGCUGUUGUCCAGGAUAAAUGUCAUUUAACUCCUAAUGAAGGUCAUGGCUCAAGCUUCAACUUUGCUGUGUAUUAUGAUUCCACCAAAGAUCAGUGCAGUCCUUUCAUAUAUAAAGGUGAAGGUGGAAAUGCCAACCGCUUUGAAAAUGAAGCAGAGUGCAUGAGAAACUGUUCACCCAAUGCAGAGAAUAUCUACCCAAUGGAUGCAUCUAAAGCUUGCCUCCUAAAACAAACGGAAGGUGGAUGCAAUGGCAACUGUGUGAAGUACUACUAUGAUUCCAGGGAGGAAAAAUGCAAAGAAUUCAUUUGGACCGGAUGCGUUGGAAAUGGAAACAGAUUUCACGACUACAACAGCUGCAACUCCACCUGUUCAGGUGUCAAAGAUGGUCUUGAGGAGGAUGAGGUGGAUACUCCAACUGGUCAGUAG